CGGGUUGCUCAUCCGACUUCCACCGCGGGGUUUCUGUGCAUGGAAGCUCUCCAAAACCCCUUAUCAUGGGCGCGGGGGCGCUUAGAAGCCACAAUCACACCUACCUGUUUCUGCAAAGGUCGGGCUGGUGACACCAUCUCGGCUGGUGCCACGCACAGCAACCCGUCCUCAUACCGCAACAUGACCACACAGAUAUCUGUCGUCCGAUUUCCAUAAAGAGGGGCAUAUGAUCGUCGAAGAUGGUCUCGCUCCUUUCAGUCUCCAGCCUGUCAGCGCUUCCUCCCUCUUUCUCCAGCUCCCCGUCCAUCUGGAACUUUUCACGGAAGCUAGACAAGCCUCAGCGACCAUGAAGUUCCUCGCCGGUCUCGCCCUUGUGCUGCCGCUGGCGUCCGCCGCGGCCGUCACGCCCCUGGAGAAGAAGAUCAGCUACGAUGGCUUCAAGGCCUUCCGUAUCUCCACGCACAACGACGCCGCCUCGAUCAAGAAGAAGAUCGCCAAUAUCGCCGCGAUCCCCUUCAACCUCGACAACAGCGAGCACCUGGACGUCGCCAUCCCCGCGGGUGACGUUUCCAAGUUCGAGAAGCUUGGCCUCGAGACGUCGGUCCUGCACGAGGACCUCGGCGCCACCAUCGCCGAGGAGGGCAAAUUUGCCCCCUACGAGAGAAACGAAGAUGUCAGCCUCCAGGCUCUUCCCAGCCUGACGUGGUUCAACUCGUACCACACCUUCGCCGACCACCAGCAGUUCAUCCGCGACCUGCAGUCUAACUUCCCCUCCAACUCGGAGUUGAUCAACGCCGGUAACUCGUACGGCGGACGCUCGCUCCUUGGUAUUCACCUCUGGGGUAGCGGCGGCAAGGACUCCAAGCCCGCCAUCUACUGGCAUGGUACUGUCCACGCCCGCGAAUGGGUCACGACCAUGGUGGUCGAGUACUUGACCUACCAGCUUAUUGACGGUUAUCAAAAGAACGACGCUGCUGUGAAGGCUCUUCUCGACAAGUACGACUUCUACAUCCUGCCCAUUGUCAACCCGGACGGUUUCGCCUACAGUCAGACCAACGACCGUCUCUGGCGCAAGAACCGCCAGCCCCGGUCUGGCAGCACCUGUAUCGGCACCGACAUCAACCGAAACUGGCCUUUCAACUGGCAACUCCCCGGCGGCGCCUCCACGAGCUUCUGCUCCGAGACGUACAAGGGCCAGGCCGCCGGCGACACCCCCGAGAUGGUCGCCCUCAAGGCCUACACCGACCGCCUCGCCGCUGGCCGCGGCAUCAAGCUCUUCAUCGACUGGCACAGCUACGGCCAGUAUAUCCUGCUGCCCUACGGCUACGACUGCUCCGCCCGGGCCGCCAACCACGCGCGCCAGAUGACGCUCGCCGGCAACACGGCCAACACCAUCGCCCAGUCGUACGGCACCCGCUUCACCUACGGGCCCAGCUGCUCGACUCUCUACGCCACCACCGGCAGCGCGCCCGACUACCUCACCGGCGCCGCCCGCGCCGAGGUCGCCUGGACCAUCGAGCUGAGGCCCGCCGGCGCCUCCGGCGGUGGUUUCAUCCUGCCUGCUGCCCAGAUCCUGCCCAGUGCCAUCGAGCAGUGGAACGGAAUCAAGUACCUGCUCGCCAACGUCUAG